AUUCUACCAGCGCUGCUGGCUCGUAUUGACUCACUCGCUGCUGGUCUUCGUGACGAAUCAAGCCUUCACUGAGUUGGCUCCUGAGCGCGAACGCCGCCAGUGUACUUCUGACCGCGGUAGUGUAGGUGUGUAGACGCUCUUGUCUUCCCUUGCCGACAUAGAGCACAUCUCGACAUGCUCUGUGUUUCGCAUCAUCCAGCCUCUACUGCUUGUUCCACACAGUGGCACUGAUCUUUUAAACUUAUGUAUUUAAUCAUUUGUUUUGUUUGUGGUCUACCUUGGUUGCAAUAAGAAGAAUAUUACAGCGUCAACAGUUAAGGUUGUGUGCGAGAUGAGCUUGAGCGAGCGUGCGUGACAUUUUGUGAUUCUGUUGACUCACGCGAUCACGUUUCACGCACGCGCUGCGCUCGGUAGCUGCUGCCUGCCGGCCAAGAUGCAGGCUCCCGCCAUGACAGAAGUCGUCGAUAAGUCCCUUAUCGAGCGGCUAAUUCUGGAGCACUCGGACCGCCUCGAAUUAGAAAUUAAUCACAAGGCUAGAGCUGAUGCUUGGAAAUUUUAUUUCCGAGUACGUAUCGAUCACGUGCUGCGGCCGUUUGCAGUGUGCAAGGUGUGUUACCGUGUUCUGCACUGCGACUCUCGCAGUGGCACUGCCAGCCUGCUGCGGCACCCAUGCAACCCUCUGUCGGAGCGUUCACCCGUCAACAGAGCAGUCAGACUCAACGCCAAAUUGAAACUCCCAACGGACAAUAAUGCCUUAAAGAAAGAAAAUGUCAUGGAGACACUCAUCAAAGGAGAGCGAGGGGAAAAUGAUGUAUGUAAUUCUCCAGCAAUAUGCCCUUCUCCAACAAUCACAACCUCCCCCCAGACUCAAACGACCACACGCAAGAGGAAAGCUGGGCCUCCUCCGCCCGCCUUCCCCAUAGACCUGCAGCUCCUUCCCCAAAUCAUGGCCAGUGUUCCUCAUCCUCUCGCAGCACUCUACAUCGCUAAUGCCAUGAACGUUAAUGACCCGCAAAGUUUCCAACACCUACAGCAACAAAUUCAACAGAUACAAAUUGAUAGUAUUUUGAGAGGACACCAACAACAGCAGCUUAAAGAGCAACAGGAGCAACAGCAACAACAGCAGCAGCACCACCAACAGCAGCAACAACACCAACAACUGUUGUUAGGUUCUGAUGAGAACAAGAGGUGGUGUGGUAGUCCCGUAGAAGCUAGCAGUAGCAGUUCGUUGUCAGUGCAAAGCGACGAGAACAUGCAGACCGCUGACGACCCUGGUGGAGGAGGAGGAAAUAACCUCCCCAAAGAACUGGUGCAACAUCUCGUAAGUUCUGGGUCGACACGUGUCACGCUGCUGGAGAAAAAUUCACCGUCCGCCAACGGCGUGUGGCCUCGAUUCUUUCUUGUUAUCGUUGACGGCGUACCCAGAAACUACGCCACGUGUAAAAGCUGCCGCAAGGUUGUCACCUAUUCUCGCUACACUGGCACGGGAGGAUUACUCAGGCACCGAUGUCCUACAUCAUAUAAUCACCAAAAUCUCACACCACCUCAUGAUACUUCUCCUCCUCCUUUGGUAAGGUGUGAUGUGGUAGAUGAUACCAUGGAUACUUACAGUGUGCCUCCACGAGAGAUAAAGUGUGAGGAAAAUAGCAGCACCAACCCCGCUAUGGCUGGAGUUGCUCGGGCAUUAUUGCGAUACAUGUGCCAAGACCUUGUGCCAGGUUCAUCUAUUGACUCGCCAGGGUUCCAGCAGUUGGUUAUGUCUCUCAUUAAUUUAGGUGCUUCUCACUCAAAUGUCAAAGAUGACAUACAAAACAUUCCUUCUACACAACUAUUACUGGAUGAACACUUAGAACCACUUGCUGCGGUGUCACGAGACAAGUCCGCAAGAUUGCUGCAAGACCAGCCGCAUUUAUGCUUAUCAUGUCACCGUCCAGAUUCAGAGCUUUUAGCCGUUGCUGCCCAUUUCGUGACUCCGGAGUUCCAGCUAAAAAGUCAUGCUUUGGGCACCCGCAAAGUGACUGAUGGGGACACAACCGAAGAUGCACUCACCGCUCUACUGUCGGAAUGUCUUCAGGAAUCUCCUUCUCUUCUGAGAGAACGACGACUCAUUGUUGUCAGUGACGACGGAUUUUCUUCGCUAGGCACUCAGGUUCCAUGUUUGUGGCAUGCAACCGAAAAAACCCUUGCCGAAUUGAACAAACUUCCUGCUUACCUGCGGGUAAGCGAAGACACCACUGCUUUAUUGGAGUUUCUUGCUGAUUGUGGAGUGCCUGGGGCCAGCCAAGCUCCUAGAGACACCCCUCGAUGGGAGGCUUUGCUCCACGCCCUUACUUUCGUUGCUGUUAACUACGAUCAAGUACUGGCGGCGGUGCGAGCUGCGCCAGGUACUGCUCCGGACCUGGGAGACCAAGGAGGUUAUCAGGAACUGGCAAAUCUGUUGGGCAAAGUUAGAUUGUGUUUAACGAGUAUCAGAGCGUCCGACAGGCCAACUUUAAAUCAGGCUGUGUUGUGUCGUGCCAAACUAAUCCAUUUGUGCACUGCCCCUGCCAACACAACAGCGUGCAAGCUACUGCAGGAGCAGCUACUGCCCCUCUUUCAACAGGCAUUCAGUCCCUCACCUCUGCACCUGGUCGCCAGCUUCCUGGACCCUCGUUUCAAAAGUCUGAAGGUUCUGAACGACAAGGAGAAGGUCGAGGUGCACCGACUAGUGCUGGAGAUGAUGAAGGCCGUGGCCGUCACAGAGGCCAACACUGGCGUGCUCAACCUCAAGACCACCCGCCGCAGCGUCAGCCCCACCGGCGGCAGCUGCGGGUCCUCGCCAGGCACCAGCUCCUCCCCUCUGUCCAUGGUUCACGGGCCCUCCAUCAACGGUGGCCAGAAGGGGCUCAAUUUAAGUCCUUUUGAAAGGGGAAGCUCUCCCGAGUCGCACCCAUUCAGGGAGUACAUGGACAAUCAAGGCGUGCCAGAUCUGUCCGUGUCUGAUAGCGAAGAAAUCAUGGCUUACGUCAACAUGAAGGUUUGUCUAGACGACGACGACAUCCUCGGCUGGUGGGCAGGCUCCGCGGCCAACGGGUUGCCCACGCUACGCAAGCUCGCGCGCCGCGUGCUCGCUAUUCCUGCCACGUGCAGUCACGCGCACGACAUCGGGCAGCGCGCCAUCGCCGCUACCGCCGCACUUCCAUCGUCUCAUCAUCACCGACUCAACGACAUCCUGCACGUCACCUACAACUUGUAGGAGACCUUUGCUCAAUGUUACUACUUGCUGGAGCCUUAUGCUGCUCAUUGCAUCAAAUCCUUUAUGUUAGAGCAGCGAGAUGACUCUCCUAAAAAUGUUCUUAUUUUAAAGUGUAGCGCUAAAUGCUAACACAUUUAUUAAUUGCUUAAUAGAUGAUGCCAUCACCUCACGCUUUGUGUUGACUGUGGAUAUAAUUUAUUUACAACAAGACAUUCUGCUGGAUUGCGUAAUCCAUCAUACUAGAGACACGUCAUGUGAUCUUAUGGUGCGGACAUUACAUGGCUAUACAAAUUUAUUCUUCUAAAAUAAGACUGUAGUUCACGCAGUGCGCUGCAUAUUUGCAACGUCGUUUCAGUAUUACGUGCGUCUUGAGAGAUGCGCGUCUCGUUUGUUCCCUCCAGGUUAAUUGCUAGCUCCCCAACGAUGCGCAAAGUGAUCGUGUGUGUUUAGUGUAAUGAACAACUCGUAAGUUUGUAUGACUUCCACUUCAAUGAAUUUUAAAAUAGGUGUUCGCUUGAACUACGAUCAAUGUUUGAGUCGUCAAAUAAUGUUGCAAUUUUCUAUCAUUCCCGCUUUGUAAACCCGGAAAGCAAGCAAACGAUUGGAUCAUCGUGAAGUUGAACACAGUUCGACUUCCGGUGCGUGAUUGUACGAAUUCGUACUAGUGAGAUGGGAGCUAAUAUGUGCGUAUCUUCCAAUGAAAUCCUGUGCCAAGAAUUGCUAUAGUUAAGAAACCGCCAAGCAUUUAGGGUGCCAUAUUAUGGAACUUUGUGUCAAAUUAGUCAUCAUUCACUAAGGCAGACCUAUUUUGUGCUGCUUAAGUCUGUUAAGUUAUAGAAUAUAAAGAUGAUUUAUGAGCAUUGGUUACAUGCAGCCCUAUUUCUACCUGACAAGGAAAUAGGACUAUCACUCACUCAGUUAAUCAAUUUUUAUGCUUCACUUUUCUUGUUAUUAAUUUUAUUUUGUCGAGUUAGAGCGAUUGCAUCUGACAAUUUUUUUGUGGUAGCAAUUCAUCACUCCCGCAACUGUUCAUGCGUGUGGCAUUUUGUUAGCCAUUUUUCGAAGAAAAAAUUUGAGUUUUUUAGAGCAGGCUGUAGCAGCAUUCACAGCUCUAUUACUUUGAAUCAUCUCUUUUCUUUUCAUUAACCAAUCCUUAAGCAUGAAAAUCCACCUAGACAUGAUGAAGGUAGAAUUGAAUUUAUUUAGUGUUUGAAUAAUCGUUUUCAUCGGCCUGGCAAAUAGUUGUUUACAUAAUUAAUGUUGGGAAUGUGCCGUCAGUCUCAGCGCAGAUGCAGAUGUAGAUGACUUCUCUUGCUACUCAAUUGCGCAAAGCUUGUCGAAUUCAAGUAUAUUUUUCAACUAUCCUCAUAUUGCAUGAAUAAAUUUGAAUGAAUUCAGUGAAGGUAAUUAUGCAUUUCUCUCAUUUCGUUCUUCUGAAACACGACACCUUUAACCAGUUCAGUGACUGACUAAGCAUAAACUUUCUGUCUUUGAAAGCAGUGCUUCAAAUUAGCUUCUAUGAUGGGUGCAAAAUCUGUACGAUGUUCUUCUACCAGGUUAACAAAAUUUCGACUUCAACGAGUUGACGUAUAGGUUCACAUUUGGGAUCAAGUCUGAGGGGCUUCAGCUUAAUUGUGCAGGCUAAUUUACGGACGAUUGUUGAAAUAUGUUGAAUUCCGUCAUUCCUAUCUGUGCUUAUCUCAUAUUAAACAUUUUUAAUAAUGCCUCUAAACUGCUAAAAAUAAUUGAUAUUUUAUUCUUCCACUUCCGUCCCGGGGUAUUUUUUUAUUCGAUGACUGUAAAAACAACCUGGUUAUUCGAUACGAAUAUAUUGUGUACGAUCUCUCGAAAAAUUUCAAAAGAAUGUUGAAAAUCGUGGAGUUUGAUCUGUAAAAAAAUCUUCCAAAAAUUGUAUUAAACGUGUCGAAACUUGAUAGUAAUGAUGUUUUAGAAACUGCGAAGGAUUCAUCAUGGUGCCAAUAGUUAUGCAUGAGCAGGGAAGAGUGUACAGACUUUUCUGUCCAAAUGUGUUCAGGAGAGUCUGGCCCCGUGAUGUAUGUACUUGUGAUGGUGCAGAGAACAAAGUAUAGCGAGAUACUCUUAUGCCAUGGUUUUAGGUAUCUGUGUAUUGUUCAUUAUUAACUCCAUUACUUAGGGUAGUGAGUAGCUUAGAUUAUUUAUUGUUAGGAUGCUCGUACAGCGGAAGUCCUUUGGCGACUUCUUCCUCGAGGGCGUUGGCGCUUCAGUUCACACAAGAAAGAUCUAGUGUCACCGUAGAAAAAUUACAUUCCUUGGUCGAUAUGCUUACGUAUUUUUGUUCAGUGGAGAUCUAUCUUCAACAUUUUCUUGUCAAUAUUUUUCCGUUUAGCUCUUUGGAUCUGCCUAUUUCAUAUAGUAUAAUAAGUUUGAGCCUAUGGGCUUUCAUCCAACUCUUUGUCUCCAACUGAUGGUGCAAAACACGAGUUUUUCUAGAGCAAUUCUCGACCAACAUACGCCGCUCGCCCGCCCCCCUCUGGUAGAAGUCCCGGGUUCUUCCACUGCUACGCAUCUUCGGCCCUGAAACGAUUCUCACCUUAGCCCAAGUGCCAAAUAGAAUGUAAGGUCGAUUGUAGCGUUUAGCUUGUGUUCACUCCACGUUUUCUAUAACAUUCUAUAUCUCUUUUACUUGUGUGUAUUUCCUUAAUUAGAUAAUAUCGCCAGUCAUGUUAUUUGCCGUGCAACUCUACUCAUCUUCCGCCUCUGUAUUUAUUCAUAUUCUAUUUGCCGCCUAUUUUCUUAUAGACAUUCGCUGUUAAAGACGUGCUUGUCGUCGAGGCUGUCCUCUCAUGUUGUCGCUGACUCACACCAAUAAUCCUCGAAACAUCGCAUGCCUGUCGCAGCUUCAAGUCUUUAUGCUUGUUUCUGCAUUUUCUGCAUAUGCUUUUGGGUUUAAUGCUAGAAUUUAAUUGCAUUUUUGUCGAUAUCAAGAAAGGGGAUUGAAUGAAGGUAAUUUAAGUUUUUCGUGUACAGAAGAAGACCCAACUCUUUUCGUUACAGUUCUUUAUACACUCCUAUUCGGUAGACCUGCUCUUUUUUAAUGGACGUUCUCCCGACGUUACCUGUAUGUAUAUUUCCAUCGUUUUUCCUGCAGCGCGUUUUUUUAAAGAUUUUUUUUUGCAUCUCAACCCAGGAAGAGUCAUCUAUGUUAAAGGUUGGUGCAUUAUCCGUUCAAUAUUUUCACCACGGACUUUCCAUGUCACAUUUGAUAUGGUUGUCGUAUUUAAUUUCAGUUCACAUUGUCUGGGUUUAUAGCUCCUGUUUAUAUUUUGCAGGGCUCCAAAAUCUGUUUUGAAUGAAUCAAGGCAGGAGCUUCGAUAUAAAUGCUUACAGUUUGUUCACGGGAACUAAAUUACAAACUUUAAACCAACCAAUCCCGAUAUUGUUUCUGUUUCUUAUAUUCAACGCUUUAGAAAUUUAAAUCAUAUCGGGUUUCGAACAGAAUACCCUCUGUCAAGUUUAUUUAUUCGUAUUGGCUGUCCAUUGUGUUAUUCUUCCUUUUACUUAAUUCUUCCUUCGAUUUAAAUUUGAGCAAAGAAUCGAGUGAAUUUAAAUACGUCCACCAACAUUUUAAGCUCAAAAAUUGCGUGAAAAGAAAUUGAGCAGCGCGAUUGCUUGGACUGAAGAAGAUUACAUUCAUUCUUGAAGAUGACAUGAGGGAUAUGCUGGUUAUGUUGACGAAGUUACGGCCGGUGCGAGAAAGAGAAUUUUCAUAGUGAAUUAUUACAGAAUAAAACUGUAACCCGAGCUCAGACUUGUCGUUGUUAAAUCAUUUUGUUGAUUCUUAGUGUGCAUAUUGUACAAAGCUCUUCGUUAAUUAUUUUCUUUGUUUCCACGUUGUUAUGUUCAUAAGUCUCUAAUGUAAUUACUUCUUGAUACAUUAGUUAUAGCUAAUUUGUCUGCAUCAAUUUACUUACUAACUUACGUUGAUAGCUGUAGCUCUCAAUACAAUUUUUUAUAAUAGUAACUGACUUUGUAAGUCUUCAAGCUUGUCAACUUACGAUGCCGAUAUGCUACUUAGAAGCAACAAGGCAGUUGUGUAGUGAAGUAGUGAUGGUAACCUAGAUCGAUUAUAUCCAUGUUUCUUUUAAUUUGUGUAGAGAUUGGUUUCAGUUUCUUGCUAUGCAGAAAAACCUCAGAGCAUUAAUGUUCAUUUUAAAAGACGGAUAUGAAAAGACAAGCCUAAACUUUGCAUAGUUCAUCAACAUUAGACAGCCAUGCCAAUGUUAGACGUAAUGUUGAAAUUGUUAAGUUAGCGAGUUGAAUGUAUCGACUGUUUCUAAUGUGUCAUAACCGACACCUUACUUGGUGCAGACAGGCACUUGUCUGUAUGCGUACACGUGUUUUUCAAGAGUAAGUCGACCGAUGAAUGUAUUGAAUUGUGCAUGAUUUACUGGAAAAGUCGUUUAAAAUGUAUGGAAAGCACUUGUAGCUAUUAUUUCUGUU